AUCAUUCUCGACUUAGCAUUCCGAGUACUAAGUAUUACAAGAAAACAAACAAAGCAAAAUGUUUGCGAAAAUUGCCUUGUUCACCGUAUUUUUGGCGGGAGUCAGUUCCAUGUCCAUACCAUAUGGAAGACCAGCGUUUUACCUCGACGAUGUAAAUUAUGUUAACGAUGACGGUGAAGAUGUAUAUUUUAAACAUCCUCAAGAAUCAGUCUACCCCAUUUACCACAAUUCAAGAGUUCGCCGUCAGGUCCACGGUGUUAUCAACACAAACCCUGAUGGUACCACAAAUUUUAUGGGAAAAUUGCCCUUAGCUGGUAAUGAUCAGAAUGUCUUAAGUGCUAUCGGUGGUAUUGGAGGUGCGAAGAAUGGUGGUGGCUAUGGUUCUGCGUCUGCUGGCUUGGCUUUAGACAAUGUAAAUGGCCACGGAUUGAGUCUCACCGGCAAGCACAUUCCGUCCAUCGGUGACCAGCUCACAGCUGCUGGAAAGGCGAACCUGUUCCACAACGACCACCACGAUCUGAGCGCCAACGCUUUCGCCACUAAGACUAUGCCCAGCAAUCCCGUCAUCCCCAAUUUCAACACUUAUGGCGGUGGUCUGGACUACAUGUACAACAACAAAAUUGGUGCAUCCCUUGGCGCGGCACACACGGAUCUCUUCAAGCGUACCGAUUACUCAGCUAUGGGCAAGCUGAACCUCUUCCACAACCCAACGUCCUCCUUGGACUUGAACGCUGGAUUCAGUAAAUCCAUUUCACCAUAUAUGCCGAGCCAGUCUUGGCAACCAUCAGCCGGAUUAACCUUCAGCAAAUAUUUCUAGAUCAAUCAAACCAAAUGUUUGUCUACAUUAUCCUUUAAACUUAAAUAAUGAAUUGAUGAUUAUGUUCUGAUAAGUAUUUAAUAAUUGUGUUUACAAUUAUCAAGUAUUAUGUACCUGAUUCCAUAGAAGCAUUUGUCUUGAUACCUUCUCAGUCAAUACUUUAAAAACUGUUAUUUAUACAUCUAAGGCCAUUAUUGUUAGAAUUAAGUUAAUGCCAAAUAAAAUUUUAAUUAAACUGCUCCAAAAAACAA